AUGCAGCCACCAUUUAUGGAGGCUGAGACAGUACUUGGUGAUAUCAGCUUUCUGGUGCUUCAGGCCCCUGGAUGGGCACAGGGGGUCAGGGUGGGCACGGAUCCGAAGGAAGCACGCUAUUGGUUGAAACAGUUCCAGCGAUUAGGAGGCAGCCAUUCCAAGCCCUUUGCUGUAGUUCAAGUCCAUCAGGAAAUCUUCCAGAAACCUGAUCUGCUUGAAGCAUUGAGCUCAAACCUAGCAUUCCUACAUCGUAAUGAUAUGAAGUUACUGGUUGUCCAUGGGGCUUCUCUGCCAGAUGGAACAAACUUGUCAGAUCAAGAACUACAGGCAAGCCGUAGUCGAGUGACCACCGAUACCAUGACCAUGGUGAACUUUCUUCAAGCCAGUGGUGCUCCUGCUCAUCCACUGUUCUCAGGGAGCAAUGUGUUACAGGCAGAGCCAGUAGAGGAAGGGGCCUCUAAAGGAAGGGUCAUUCAUGUCAACACAGAACCGUUAGAGUGGUGUAUAGGAUCUGGACAUAUACCUGUAGUAUCAUCUAUAGGAGAGACAUCUAGUUCUCAGUUAGUUAGUAUCGAUGCUUCCCACGCUACCGCAGAGAUUGCCAAGGCUGUACAACCCAUCAAGGUGCUUCUACUCAACAGGAAAGGUGGUCUACUAGAUGGUAAAGGAGAGGUCAUCCCACAGGUUCAUGUACCAGCGGAUGUAGAAUCCCUUGUUGAUGAGCCGUGGUGCACUGAUACCUGUCAGCACCGGAUUCAUGAUAUUUCCACCAUGCUCCAAGCGCUUCCUUCCAUGUCAAGUGUAGUUAUUACUUCACCUGAGAGCAUCUUGGCAGAACUGUUCACGCAUCAUGGGUCAGGUACUUUGUUCAAGAAUACAGAGAGGAUAUGGAAGUACUAUGAUCUAGAAAAUAUAGAUACAGAUAGACUUUUAAAACUUAUUACAAGAUCAUUUGGUAGAGUACUAAAGAAGAAUUACAUAACUGAUCUUCCCAGACGACUCCAUACUAUAUACCUUUCUGAGGGAUACAAUGCUGUAGCUAUCAUCACUAAUGAAGAUGAUGUUCAUAAUGUGCCUUACCUAGACAAGUUCUCUAUAAGUCUUCAAACACAAGGAGAAGGGACCAGUGAUAUGCUGUGGGAUUACUUAAGGAGAGACUUUGGCAUGCUGUUCUGGAGGUCAAGAAGUAAUAACCAAAUCAAUCCAUGGUAUUUCAAACGAUGCGAAGGAAGUUGGAGCAACAGUAAAUGGACCGUAUUCUGGUACGGCAUGGCGGACCCUAAGCUGUCUUACGCCCUCGUUGAGAAGGCGGUAACAAGACCAGCAUCUUUUGUUGAACCAGAAAGCUAUGAGAACGACCUGAUGAGGGAUAUACCCUGAACAUAUGUCAUGACACAAAAGAGAUUCUAUAUUUUUGUUACAAAAAUAUGAAAACUAUAAAAACAAGCAGAUUUAGAUCCUUGAUAGUAUCUUUCAUUAUAAAUUCUGAUGAAUACUGCACCAGAACAGAAACAUUUUCAGACAUUGUUUUUGAGAAAAUAAAUAUUUUUAUGGAAUGUUAACGAAGAAACAAAUAUGUUAUCACUUUUCUUGUUUCUAUCCAUCUUGGUAUUGCCGUUUUUUGCAUUACUAAUUUAUCUAUCCAAUAUCACUUCUUUUUUUAAUUCCAGAGUAUUUACUUUUGUAUUUUUCUUUUUAUUCAGUUAUUUUGUUUCUUUUUGCAAUAAUAUUUAUUACUUAUUUUUUAAGCCUGAAGAAUUCCCUACCAUAAUAUUCCUGAAAUUCUGUGUAUUCAAAGUAAUUGAAGUUAAGGAUCUUUUAUAUUUAUUUCAAGCAUAUAUAGAAAAUAUAUGAAUCAUUUGUUAGAAAUGUGACAUUUUAAGAUUUCUAACAAAAUCCAGUGUUUAUUUUAUAAUUUGGCUUUGGCAUGCUGUAAAAUUUAGUACUGCUCUUUUUUCAGAUUGAAUUAUAUAAUCCAUACAUGUAAUUAUGGUCUGCUUUUUAAAGCGUGCUUGAUGCAUUGUAUAGAAGUAAUUUACCGAUAAAUUACCCAGGCAUCAUUCUGACCAGGCACCAUUUCACAUACCAUGUUUACACGCUGCAUAAAAAAAAGGUUCAGAACCGCGAGCCGAUGCAGAAUCUGCUUUUUUGUUGCGUGUAAACGCGAUUAACUUGCAUCGGCUCUCGGUUCAGAAUCGGCAAUUUUGCACCACCAAAGUAGUAGGUUCAGAACCGUGAGCCGAUGCAGAAUCGUCUUUUUUACUACGUGUAAACAGAAAGCCGAUUCUGCAUCGGCAAUUGGCGCGCAUUUCAUUUACUUUACCAUUAUGACGUACUUUUAAGCGCACGGAUCCAGCAUUGUCUUUAUUAUGAUGUAUAUUGUUGGUGCACGGAUCAUUUCAGGUUUUUGCCCCAAAAGCCGAUUCUGAACCGCGAGCCGAUGCAGCGUGUAAACGCGGUGCAAGAUAAACCAAAAGCCGAUUCUGUAUCGGCUUUUGGUUCAGAACCAAAAGCCGAUCACAUGUAAACACGGUAACAAUUGCACACAUGCCAAACUACUUUCAUUGACAUUCACAUCAUACAGGGUAGCCAUUUAACACCUGGGUGGAGAGAGGAAAAUGUAGACAAGGUGCCUUGCCAAAUGACAUUAAUUUGGACUUUAGAUUUAGUAUGACUUUUCAACAGAAAUUAAUCCUCAAUAGUUUUCCUUUUCAGUUUAUCAAUUUGUUAUGCUUCAAAGACCUGUUUGUGUUUGUAGCGCUUCAAGCAUUAAUGUAAUAAUUUGUCCUAAGUCCAAUGUAACUUAUUUUGAAUACAUAUAGUUUUCUUAUAGUGCUAUAUCACCUUGAUAAAGAUAUACAUGUGUCACACUGAAAUAGAAUAGAAAUAGAAUAAAAUUAAAGGGAUGGUCCGGGCUGAAAUUUCUUAUAUCUAAAUCAAUAGAGUAAAAUUCACAGAGCCAAAUGCUGAAAAUUUCAUCUAAAUCAGAUAACAAACAAUGAAGUUAUUGAAUUUUAAAUUUUAUCAAUAUUUUGUGAAAACAGUUAUAUGCACAUGGUCAUGAAUAUUCAUUAGAUGGGCUGAUGAUGUCACAUCCCCUCUUUCCUUUUUCUUAUGUUAUUACAUGAAAUCAUAAAUGUUUCAUUUUUUUGUACACGUGUAAAUGAUGUGUCUCCAUUAUGAUUUAAAAAAUUGCGGCAAGAAAUAACUAAUGCACUUUUAAAAAUCAGUUGUCAAUCCAAUUGUUUUAGUUCUUGGUAGAAAUCUUUUUAAUAAACCUAAUUUCAUAUAAUAAAAUACAAAAGAACAAGUGGGGAUAUGACAUCAUCAGCCCACCUAAUGAAUAUUCAUAAAGACAUGCCUAGAACUGUUUCACUGGAAAAAUGCAAUUCUUUAAAAUUCAAUAACUUUGUUAUUUGUUACCCGAUUUUGAUGAAAUUUUCAGCAUUUUGCUCUGUGAAUUUUACUCUAUUUAUUGAGAUAUAAAUACUGUAUAUCCAGCCUGGACCAUCACUUUAAAUUGUUAUACACACUUAUUAAUGAUGAUAAUUAUUUGUUUUCAUAUAACUAUCACUACAUAUGGAUGCUUAGUGCUUAAUACAGAUAACAAUAUUUAUUUUUCCUCUUUUUUUGAUGAUAUACAGGGUAGCGCAGAAAGGAAUAUGAUAUAUUGUAUUUGUAUCAAAGAAUCAAGACAAUUUAUUUCUUUCUUUUAAAACGAAUUCAUGUUCAAUUUUGAACAUAGUAGUAUACUCAGCAGUACGGCUUGUUGUCAGGUUGAAUAAUAUAAUUUGUCAUAUAUUUUAUUAUUACCUAUACAAGGCAUUUUAGGAGAUAAAUAAAAGUCAUAUUUCGCUCGCUACUUUCAAUCCAAGACCAAUGAGGUAAACAUUUGCCAUGUUGCCCUCCCCGGGCUUUGCCCAUAGAAAUCCUGUACAAAAUAGAGGGCAAUAUUGGCCAUAUUUCGUUAGUGCGUUUGCGCAGUAGGAGCUGAUUUUGAUCGCUAAUUUCAGUAUUUCAGAAAUCUGGUUGGAACCAGUUUAUAAAUCAAUGCAUUGUAGAUUUCUACGCGUUGACACGUAUGUUCACGGCCUCAACUCAGUGGAGCGCGCCAUUGAAAGGCCUUUUCGCCUAGCAAUAUUGUUAGCGACGUUUGUUAGCAUCACUUUGCUCACUCUCCAAAAUGUCUGCGACAUUAAAAUUCUAAAAACAAUGGAUUUGUUCAAUUUUAGUGAGGCUAUGAAUGUUUAUCAUUUACAUUGACUAUCAGUGUACCAACAUAUACCGAAUUUACAAGCAAGUGUGGGUAAGACUUUGAAUUAUCAGUCAUUUCGAUGCAAUCCCAAAAUUGAUGAAAAUAUAACAGAAAUUUGAUAUAGCAUUGCAAAAUCCUUAUUUUCAUAUCCCCUUAAUUUUUAAUCAUUUGCAAAAGCAUCUUAGUACGUUUCCUAGAAUUUUUCACAACUGAUAACGGUGGUGGCUUAUUGAUUCUAGUUUUUUUUAAGAAAUGGCAGGCAUUUGAAAUCAGGUAAAUUGUUGUUAUAUUUUUAAAAGAAAAUCGUUAGAUUCGAACAACUUACUAAUAGUUCUCCAAAAGAAGGGUUAUAUUCAAUUAUCUGUGUGUAAAUGAUACAUGACGACAAAUUUUACGAGUAUAUCAUUGCAUGUUGGAUAACCUUUUCCACGAUGAGUUUCGUAAUUGAGAGAAAAAUCAAGUUCAUUCCUAGCACGCGAGCCGCAGAAUGAUAAAUUUUAGCGUGCGCACACGGGCUGAUCGCCGUGUCUGCGGGGACGGAUAUCUAGUCCCAUACUGGUGUAAGGUGGUAUUUUCCACGUACCUUUUCCCCUUGUAAUGACCACUUCGCACUUUAAUACUUAAUUUUGACACUUAAUCUGUGAAAUUAAUGGUUUAACGAUUUUGGAAAAUGUUCGGAAUAUACCUAACACAUAAAUGAUUUCAUUUUCUAGAAUUAUUAUUUCUUUCCUGAAUUACCAAAAGGCAAAUUUAGGUCAAGAUUGCAUAUACUCACAUUGACUGUUUAGCAUAGCGCAUAUCUAUUACAAUUUCUAUUAUGUGUGUCUAUAUUAGAUAAAUUGUCCUGAUGUAAAUAUAUGUUAUAGAAUCAUAUUGGAUACAAAAAUCA